AUGAAAUCACCGCAGAAUAAUGAAGUUGAUGGAAAGAGCCAAAAUAUAACCUAUAUACAGUUGAAGAAACUAACUGGAUUAAUAUGUGUUCAAAAACCCACAUAUGCAACUAAUAAAAAUGGUAUUACUAGGAGUACCUCUUUUUCUCCUAGCAAUGAUAUAGUAAAUAAGAUGUUAUUAAAAAUAUUAUCAUUGCAAUUGAAAUCUCUUUUUAAUACUGACAAUAGUUACUGCAAAUUGCAUGAAUUAGUAAUGGAAGAUUUUCUACUUAUUUUGAAUGAUAAUAUUAAUGCCUUUAUGACAUCGCUACAUAAUAUAAUGGAAAUACAAAGAAGAACUACAACUGUGUCUAUUGAAGAUUUGGAAUUGUUAUUGUUGUCGGGAUACAAGAUUAAGCCUUCAGACUUAUAUUUGGAACAUGAAAAAUCACGAUAUUGGAUUGAAAAGAAUCUUGUAAGUACCACUACUAGCGUAGUUAGCGGCACAACAAACGUUCCAACUAGUUUAGACCUUUUUCAAAAAGAAGAAAAACUAAACGAAGAAAUGUCCUUAUUGCUACCGUGUGAAAAUGAAUCUUUAGCUGGUAAAAUACCUAAAUGGUUGCCUUCUUUACCACCUAAUCAUACAUACAGACGAACUAGGACAACAAAGCACAACAAAAAUGCUAUUUUGACCACCAAAAAUAAAAUAUUAUUACAAGAUCCCAAAUUUUUGAAAAAAGAAUUGGCCAAAGAGCAACAAAUAGUCUCUUUUAACUUAAGCAGAUUAAGCACUAAAAUAGAUGAACAUUUGAAUAAAUUUAAGGAGCAUAAAAAAUCACAAGGAAUCAAUGAUGUUAGUAAUACAAAUACACCAAUGAGGACUCCUAGUUUUCUAAUAGGCAAUACACCAACUAUUGCCUCACAUGGUUCCAGUGCAGGUAAUAAUAGUCGUCAUAGAUAUAGAUCAGAAACGAAAAGUAUUUUAUACACACGCUAUAAUUUUGACAAAUUUAAGCCACUACCCAUGAAUAUGACCGAAAAUAAUGGAAAAGUGAAUGAAGUAUUUAAACAACCAGUGAAAAAUUUUGAUGUUGAAAAAUAUUGUCAUAAUAGAUUGAAAAUAUCUUGGAAACAAGUCAACAGAUAUGAACAUAGAAAGUAUAUUUUAAAAAAAAACCCGUUUAUCAGGGGCAUAUCUAUGUUUCAUAGUUCUGCUGUUACUAGUAGCAAUGCUAAUGCGAGACAAAGAAGACUAGAAUUUCUAGAUAGAAUAUUUAAAAAAAGCCACAACGGUGUCUUACAAUAUUGUUUAACAGACUUGGAUUUAGAAAAACAAAAAAAAAUCAACAAUUUUCAGGAAAAUGAAUUGAAAUAUAAAUUGGAACGAAAAAGGAAAAUAUUGGAGUUACAAAAAGAGGAAAGACAAAAAAAGGAAAAAAAAAAUUACCUUAUAUUUAAAAGUAAUUCUGACAAUAAUUCUGUUCAAUCCAGUACUAAUGAAGAAGGUUUCAUACCAAUAGAAAAUAAAUUUAGUGACGACGUUGCUAAUGAUAAUAAUAAAGAUAUAAAUUAUGACAAACAAGAUACUGUGGAAGAUAAUACCAAUAAUAUUACAACAGGAUAUCUAUCCGAACCCAAACCAAUAAAGACAGAAGUAAUUAAGAACAACGAUAACGAUAAUAAUACUGUACCUAAACCUAUCAUAAAGAUUAAAUUAAAUUCAAACUCAAUUUAG